AACAUCAUCAUAUACUUACAAAAUGUACGUACCCUACUACUUAUGUUUGUAAAGAACUAAUAAUAGUAACAACAUUUCCAAGAACAUUCUCAUCAUUUUCAAGUGGAAAAACAAAUUACUUUGAGCCUAGUGUCCAAUAACACAUCCUGAUUGAUUUGAUAUGUGCUACCUUAAUUUGUUUGAUCUUUUUCUAUAUAUACCAAGCUUGGCAUCAAUAUUGGCAUAAAAUUAUUCUCUUCUAGCUAGGCUUCUUCUUCUUAAUUAAUAUAUCUAUCUAAAUAUAGAACAAAAACAUGGGGGUUGAAUCUAAUAUUGGGGAACAACAAACCAACAAAGCCAUUGGAUGGGCAGCAAGGGACUCUUCUGGGCUUCUAUCUCCUUUCCAUUUCUCCAGAAGGAAAACAGGAGAGAAAGAUGUUAUGUUUAAGGUGUUGUAUUGUGGAAUAUGCCAUUCAGAUUUACAUAUGGUGAAGAAUGAUUGGGGCAUAUCCAUCUAUCCACUUGUUCCUGGGCAUGAGAUUGUUGGUGUAGUGACCGAAAUAGGUGAAAAAGUAGAAAAGUUUAAAAUUGGUGAUAAAAUUGGUGUGGGGUACAUGGUGGGAUCUUGUGGCAUGUGUGAGAGUUGCAACGACGAACUUGAAAAUUAUUGUCCAAAGAUGAUACCUACUUGCAGCGCCAUCUACCACGACGGAGCUACCACCUACGGAGGCUUCUCUGAUGUAAUGAUGGCCAAUGAGAACUUUGCGGUUCACAUUCCAGACACUCUACCUCUUGAUGCCACUGCUCCUCUCCUAUGUGCUGGGAUUACGGUUUAUAGCCCAUUAAGGCACUUUGGGCUCGACAAGCCCGGUACACAUGUGGGUAUUGUUGGGCUUGGUGGGCUUGGUCAUGUGGCUGUGAAAUUUGCCAAGGCUAUGGGAAUUAAGGUUACAGUGAUAAGUACCUCUCCUGAUAAGAAGAAAGAAGCUAUUGACAAUCUUGGUGCUGACUCAUUUUUGGUCAGUCGUGACCAAAAUCAAAUGCAGGGUGCCAUGAGUACAAUGGAUGGAAUUAUCGACACAGUCUCUGCAGUGCACUCACUUAUGCCUUUGAUUGGUCUAUUAAAGUCUCAAGGAAAGUUGAUUAUGGUUGGAGCACCAAACAAGCCUCUUGAGCUAUCAAUUUUUCCAUUAUUAUUGGGAAGGAAAAUAGUAGGUGGAAGUUGCACUGGAGGAAUGAAAGAGACGCAAGAGAUGAUUAAUUUUGCAGCCAAACACAACAUUACAUCUCAUAUUGAACUUAUUCCCAUUCAUUAUGUCAACACUGCCAUGGAACGUCUUCUCAAAUCUGAUGUUAAAUACCGUUUUGUUAUCGAUGUUGCUAACUCUUUCAAUCCCUAAUUCUUAUUAGAUUAGUUUUGUUAUUAUUUCUUGAAAAUUAGGCGUGGGGAGCUUGGGUACUUUGUUUCACUACUUUUGAAUGUUUUAUGUACUUUGUAAUAUCUGUAAUUUUUUACUCUUCUCAAUCUAUUCAUGUGAUAUAAUUACAGUGCAA